UGGAUGCAAUUUUCAUCAUCAGCAUCAAAAAGUAAAUGAGACGUGUAUGUUUUAAGAAUAUUCUGAUGAAAAUUUGAAAAAGUUGAACUUGUAACAAUUAAGUCAACAAUAACGUCAUUCUGUGACACCCUUUACUCGGAGAAAGCUUACGCAGGAGAUAUUAAAAGGAUUUACCUAUUUUCAGUACUUCUAAUAUACAGAUAAGUCUCAUAUCAGCAUUGAAGAUGAUUUCUACAUUCAAGUACACCUCAAUGACAAUAACAGGAGCGCUGCAUCUGGUCCUUGGAAUUCUCGGUUUCAUUAUUUCAAUUGUCGGUUUUUCAGUAAAUGCUUAUUCAAUACGUAGAAUUUAUGAUUACUCAAAUGAUAACUACAUUAUUUAUUACUAUCCAAACAAAGCAGUUGCUGCCGGAUCAUUUUGUGUAAGCUUAUGGAUUAUUGCAGUUGGAAUAAUUGGAAUCAUAACAGGACAGAAGUCAGAUUCAAAUUCGAAAACACAAAAAAUGAGACUUGUCUAUUUGAUUUUCACCAUUUUGUCAGCAGUUGUGUUUUCACUUGGUGGAAUUACUGCUUUUACACUACAGGGUAUUUGGAUGGCCGAUACAGAUUCAUAUGUGUACUUUAUAUUUUUCUUUGGAGUAUUUAUAAUGAUUGUGGAAUUCGUUUUGGCUAUUGUUUCUUCAUCCAUUAAUUGCUGCUGUUCAGGAAUAGGGGCAAAUGCUGUCGAAACACAAGGACCAGAAGUGUGUCAAGUAGCUAAUACAAAUGUUCCACCAGUUGUCGUUUGUUCUCCAGAUGCUGUUGCACCACAUAUGCCUCCACAAUACACUGUUUAUCCUCCAUAUGUUGCUGGAGCACAAAUGCCUCCACAAUACACUGCUUAUGUUCAAAAUGUUGAUGAAAAUGCUAUGGCUGCAUCAAAAACACAAUAAAAUGGAAUAGAAUUUUCAUAUUUUGUGAAAUUGAAAAUUGUUUAAAAAGAAUUUUAUAUAUAUAUAUAUAUAUACAUGUAUGUGUGUGUGCGUGUAAGUAUGUAUGUAUGUAUAUAUGUACAUCUUUCAAUUGUGUUUUAAAUUUAUUUUACAAUCAUAUCUAUAUAGCACAUAGAUACAUUAGCAAAUGUUUAUAUACAAAUAAAUAAAGUAAAUAAAUUCGUACAAUUGUCAUUGAAGCUCUCCCUAUUAAUAUAGCCAUCUGAGCUAUUUUAUAUUAAAGUAACACUUAUACUUAAAUACUUUUUAGUAUCAAUGCAUCUGUACUUAACUGUUAAAGUUUUAGGAAUUUUAAAACCAAGAUUCUUUUACUGUACAUUUUACACAUAUAUUUUUGUUUGCUUUAUAUUUUCUUGAAUAAAACAUUUCCUCACCUGCUGUAA